AUGGUCAUGGCUACCACUAUAUUGUUAAAUGAUGCUGGUCUCUCUUCUCUUGUUCGGAAAACAUCUGACCUAGAGCUCCCAGCUGUGUCUCUGACCAACCCAUGGCUCUAUGGUGGAUUUUCAGGCCAACAAUGGUGCUUCAGUCGAUUGGAGGAGUUUCGUAAAAAGAAAGCUGCAGAGCGGGCCAAGAAGACUUCAUCCUCUAGCCAAGUUCACAAUUCUGAUGAUAACAUGAAUAAAAAACAAUCUUCUGAAGUUGAAAAUGUACGCUUUAAUGAGUCAGAUGGUGUUACCACAUCUGAUGGUGUGGGAGGAGCUGUUAUCGACACUUCAACUUCAGGGAUUAGUAAUGACAAGACUCUGAAUUUGUUUAGUCAAAGUACUAAUCAAGGGUCUUUAUCUAGUAGAACUUCUGUUUUGAGGAAUGAUCUUAAUACACCAUCUACAAGUUUGGUGGAGGCACAUUCCAAUAUUGAUGAAGAUAAGAGAUACAAUGCUUCUAUAGUUCCCACAUCUACAGAUUUUAGUCAGAACAAUGUUACAAAUAAGGUGAAUGAUAUAUAUGGAAUUCCAUACGGGUCAACAAACAACCAAAGUGUUCCUCUACACCUGCAAGAAAGUCAAGAAUUUGAUACUAAUGCUAAUCAAUUCAGUUUUCAUGGGAUGAAUGACAACCAGUCAAACAAGAGUAACAGCUCUGUGAGGGAGUAUGCGGUUACCGAUAAUCUCACAUCAUAUAUGUCUUCUAAAAUCUUACCUCCUAACUCUGUUGAUACUCUACAGCAAAUCAAGCCAACAAAUUCUAGCACUUUAGAUAGUGGCUACUCACAUAGUUCACUUUCUGGAGGCUUCAGUGAUUCUUUCAGUUCCAAAUUUAAAGAAACUGUUGUUACUUUUGAUAAUAAGCUGCCUAGUCUUCAUGGUGCAACAAUACCAAAAUAUGAUUCCACAGGUUUUGAACAAAGAAGUUCCUCUUAUAAUACACUAAUACAUUCAUUUCCAACGGAGUCUAGUUCUAGGAGGUCUCGUCCAUCUUUUCUUGAUUCUCUAAAUGUCACCAGAACUUCUCUGGGCUCUCCAUUUCAUCAAUCUGAGCAAAGUUCCUCUAUGUCCAAUCAUUUAGAAUCAAGUAGCAAUGAUAUGUCAGGCUCCACUAAUUUCCAUAAGCCAUUUGAAGAGAAUAAAAGUGUGCCACUUUUCCCAAAUUUUACAACUGAGAAUGUUCACCGACCACUUGAGCGCUUGACAACCCCUUCUGUUAUUGAUGAUGAUAAUCAAGGUGCUCUGGAAAGUGCCAAGGAAAAUGGCAUGGAGAAGAAGAAUUCAUAUUACUCACCACCUUCAAAAAAUGAAGACUUUGCUGCUUUAGAACAGAUUGAUGAGUUCUGUGCUUUGUUUUAUAUUGAAGAUUUAACAAAAGAGAAGUUUUCAUUGCAACGUGCUCUUGAGGCUUCUCAAGCGUUAGCAGAGUCACUAGCUACUGAAAAUUCAACUCUAACUGAUAAUUAUAAUCAGCAGAGAAGUGUUGUCAACCAAUUAAAAUCGGAUAUGGAGAAGUUACAAGAAGAUAUCAAAGCUCAACUGGUUGAGCUUGAGGCUUUCAAGAGUGAAUAUACAAAUGCACAACUAGAAUGUAAUGCAGCUGAUGAGCGGGCAAAGUUAUUGGCAUCUGAAGUUAUUGGUUUAGAGGAGAAGAAUGUUCCUGAUUAA